GAAAAAAAAAAGCAAAAUCACCAAAGAAUAAUGUUCGGGUGUUUGGAUGUCCAGGUGUGUGCAUGUUUGGAUGUUUGGAUGUCUAUGAAGUGAAAAAAACCCACACGUCGUUGAGAAAAAAUUACAUUUGAAGCAGUUCCCUUGAAGUACUAAACCAACCGCAUAUUGUACAGGAAUUUGUAUUGGGAAAGAAUGUCAAACAGAUUCCGUAGUGCCAACUGGUUAGCUAAGAAUGGCUAUGCACCACAGGUGUUCCUUUUCAGAAACUUGGAAUCUGGCCAAGUUCUUUAUUCACAAUUACCGACGUUCACUGAUUAUCAAAUAAAGACUCAAUUCCAAAGACCAAACUGGCAGAAUAAAAGACCAUCGUUGAGAAGAGAUAUAUGGCGUUUGAUGGCCGUCGUUGAUUGCGAUACCUACGAGGGAUCUGUCAAGCUCUACGAAAACUUGGUCCAGCUGAGAUCCAUGAGAGAUUUGACCUUGAAGGACGUUGCAAUGAGAUUCAGACCAAGAAACAAGGAUGGCAACAUCUGGUACAGUGCACAGUUUAGACCAAUCUAUACACAGGAAGCCGUUGCGGAUUUGGCAACCUCUAUCGAAAAUGCACAGACAAAGUCAAAGAUCCACUGGGAGGACGAGUGGAGAAAAGGUGAAAUGUCAAACUGGGAUGGAAACUUGGUUACACAUGAAUCGAUUGACAGAGUUGCACUGCAAACGCCAAAGGCAUUGUUAGAAGAGUUGAAAGAGAAGGCUAAAGUGGAGUUCAACAAGUUGAAAACCGUGGAUGUGGAAGAACAACAACAAUCACAACAAACCGUGUAAGUACUCUUCGUGUAUAUAAAUCUGUAAAUAACAACAACAAAAGUCAAGUCUAUCUAAA